AAGUGCAUGUGACCUCCUCUCCACAGCCGCCCCCACUUCUCUCCCCCCCUCCACCUCCAACUCUCCUCUCCAAUGGCUUUCCCCAACCUCUUCUCCUUCUCUCUCCUCCUCUUCGUCCUCUUCCUCUCCUCUUCUACCCACAAUGUGGCUGUGGUGGAGGCGCAGGCCGAUGACACUAGUUGGAAGCUGAGGACCGAUGCCAUGGAGUGGCCAACCACCACCUCCUUGUACUCUUCUUCCUCCUCCUACCCCUUCGGCUAUGAGGCAGACGAAGAAGGGCUUGAAGAGGCAGCGAAGCACAACAGGAGGGCUCUGUUCUGGCACCGGUUCCGGUACUACAUCUCCUACGGGGCGCUAUCGGCCAACCGGGUACCGUGUCCGCCUCGCUCCGGCCGCUCCUACUACACCCACAACUGCUACCGCGCCCGCGGCCCCGUCCAUCCCUACCAUCGCGGCUGCAGUGCAAUCACCCGCUGCCGGAGGUGAACACAGGAAGAUUUUUUUUUUUUUUAAUCCCAUUCCAUGCCUCCAACUAAGUCCCCUGUUUCUAUUGCUCUGUUCUUGGUGUUGGUAGUGAUACUACUGGAUAUAUCUAAGUGUUAUGUGGAUCUGGUUGAUUUAUUCGGGCCAUGGUGGAAGGAUAUUGGUGGACUACGGAUCUGAUACCGUUGCUUUAUUACUAUACGUAUUUGCUCUUGGUACUGGGAAUGAGAUUGGUUUUUGUUAUAUUGUUGUUUGAUCGAGGAACGUCGAUUUGCCUUUUUUUUUUAACGGCAAAAGUUUUUUCCUUUCCUUGUGGCACGUGUUGUAUUGGGACCAUACCUGCUUUAGACUGCUGUUUUUAAUGGCUGUAAUAUUAAUUUGCUGUGGAUGGAUGCAGAAUGUGGUUCACCUAUCAAGGUAAUGUCAUAUCUUUUGCGUUUUUAUUAUUUGUA